AUUUUUUGGGGUCGUAAUUUUUAGGGCGGAAGGGGAGGGGCAUGAACAUAACUAUGUCUUGAAUUGUAUUUAUGUCGGUCCGGAAAACACGAAUUACACGUGUGUAAAAUGUUUGUUUUGUCGUUUCCGAGAAGCUGUCGGAAAGAUUAGAUUGUAGCAAGCUGUUUUAAAUUGAAACUAAUGCGCUGGAAUAAAAUUUGAGCUUUCCUUUCACGAUGAAACCAUUCUUUCGGUUUUGAAUGCAUUUCUUGACAUCGAAAGUACUCUUCCAAGAAUCUGAGAAUGCAUUUCUUGAAACCAUUUAUUAAGUGGUUCGCGUCGUUGUCUCUAUUCUUUCUGUUUAUGCAUUGGACAUACAUUGAUAAGCAACUACGAAUCUGAGAAGCGUGUAUCUUACCUGUUGUGGUGUGAUAAAUUGGCCUUCUAAAAUAAAUCUUAUCUUUUUAGGGAACUUGCAAAAUGUCAAAUGGAGAAGUCAGAAGAAAAGUCUCACGACAGGAUAUACAGUUGGUUCAAAAUCUUAUAGAAAGGUGUCUUCAGCUUUACAUGAGUGAGAGGGAAGUUGUAAGCACUUUGUUACAGCAGGCGGAAAUCGAGCCUGGUUUCACUGAACUUGUGUGGCAAAAACUUGAAACGGAAAAUCAGGAAUUUUUCCGGGCAUAUCAUCUGAGGCUGUUAGUGAAGGACCAGAUAUUGCGAUUUAAUCAGUUGCUUGAGAAACAGGUUGAUCUAAUUCACCAAGUAUGCCAGUCCGGAGUUGCUUCCGUUUCUUUGUCUAAUGGAUCUCAGAUUCAUUCAAGCGACUCCCCUUUUAUGUUUGGUGGUAAUGUAAUGGGAGAAGAAGCAUCGGUUUCUCAUUUCAAUGGCGGUGAGUCCAGUUCGCAACCUCUCAACGAGAACAUUUUUGACCCUGAAAUGAACUCCUUUGGUUUUGUGGGACAGAUGCCUCGAAACUUCAGUUUAUCGGAUUUGACAGCUGAUUUUUCUAAUAGUACCGAUAUAGAGAGCUAUAUGAGAUCUCCAUAUCGGGGAACAGAUGCAAACUUCCUAGACCCUCAUAUCAGGGUUGAACAAGAUAUUAGGAGGAUGGACACAAUAUCAGAGCGGUUGAGCUAUGAAGACUUCGGCAGUGAUUAAAUAAUGGGCCAACAGCUUGUUCUGUGAAUAGGUUCUAGAGUUAUAGAAGCUUCCGUGAUCGAAGUUGAUAAUUUAGACAUGAUUAAUGCCCAUUCUAGUCGUAGAAUAAAGUCGGAAUACAUUGCAAGCAAAAGCUUGCCCAUGUUAGUUUUUUUUUGGACAAUUAUUCUUGUCUUGAACAAUAGAAACCAUUGCAAGUUAGAUAUUAACUGUAAUUAUUAGCAGGAUUAAUUUUCGACAUGAGCAAACAGUGUCGAAUUAUAUUCCCUUUUUUCGACUUGAGAUUUGCAACUUCACUUGAUUUUGUUAAUAUUUGCAAUGUUUGAUAG